AAUUAUACGGUCCACACACAAACUUAGUAUACACAUACACAUCAGCUCAGCUAUUUCGUACACUCAACACUGACGUUUUAUCCGAGAAUUGGUUCUCUUUGACUCCCACCUCCAUCGCCGCCGCCUUCACUCGUAGUCUUAUGUUCAAUUCGUAUGUUGAUGACUAAAUUUUUUUUUCGUGAUUUUUAUUAAUUUUUUGUCGCCGUUCUAUCUUGUCGUUCAAACACUUAGGUACGUAACAUAAACCCGUCUUGACCGCCGUGUGCGCAACGCUACAACUUCGCUACAGCCACCGAUCGACUGCUGCCACUGCUGCUGUUGCUGUUGCUGCUGCCGUUGCUGUUGCUGCUGCUGCAUUCUGUUGUGCUUCGUCCGUGUGUGGUGAGUGUAUGACGUGGUUGUCUUGAACGCACACGACAAUAUUGUAAAUAACAACGAAAGCAACAACACUUGAUCCACAUCACAGUGUAGACGAGAAAUGCGAGAUUUUGACCACAAACGGGGCAGACAAUUGGUUGACUGUACCACUGAAGAGGACACCGUUGCCGAGGAGACAGCCGCAAAAGAAAAGAUGCCGUCUGAUACUGAAAGUAACACAAGUUUUAACAACAGCAGCGUGAGGACUUUUAAAAUUUUCAUUGGAAAUCUUUCUGAAAAGACUACAUCUAGUGAUAUCAGACCACUGUUUGAGAAGUAUGGCAAAGUUGUUGAAUGUGAUGUAAUGAAAAAUUUUGGCUUUGUUCAUAUGGAUGAUGAUAACACUGGACGUGCAGCCAUAAAAGCUUUGAACGGUACAAUGGUUAAUGAUUUAGCCAUGAAAGUAGAAGCUGCCACUAGUCGCCGUGGUCCCAAUACCCCAACUACAAAAAUCUUUGUAGGAAAUCUUUCUGAAACAACUAAAGCCAAUGAAGUACGAGAAUUAUUUGGUAGAUACGGAACUGUUGUUGAAUGUGACAUUGUCAGAACUUAUGGUUUUGUGCAUAUUGAUUCAACUGAUGUAAGCAGACUUAUUAAAGAUUUAAAUGGCCAUAUGUUAGAUGGUCAACCAAUCAAGGUCCAAAUCUCAAAUAGUCGUGUUCGUCAAAGACCUGGAAUGGGUAUGCCAGAGCAGUGUUAUAGGUGCGGCAAGGGUGGCCAUUGGUCUCGGGAGUGCAGUCGUGAAGGGUAUGGAUAUGGAAGAGAUGCUUUACCACCACUCCCACCACCACGUGCCCUACUUUAUCCACCACCGCCUCCACCUUCAUUUGUUCGUGAUCGUAUCCUUGGUUCUUAUGGUACUGGCUUGAAAACCGAUAUGACAAGAAUGGACGAUUACUCAAUGUUGUCACAUUCUGAACUUGGUGGUCAUAUGUAUGAAACUGAAGGCUUAUAUGAUCGUUACUAUGAUCGUAGUCUUAUGAGAACAGCCGCUGAUGGCUAUGGCAUGGAUAGAAGAAUGCCAAGAAUGCCAUCUAGUCGCGAUUAUUUAUCAUCAUCCACACGUAUUGGAACAACUAUGCGUGACCAAGAUUAUGUAUUCACACGCCGUUCACCAUUGUCCAGCAGUCGUACAUCUUCAUCUCAUGCAUAUGAUGAUUUCUCUAGGGAUUCAUAUGAUGAUCGCCGAGUUUCGGGAUCUCGCGGUUCGUCGCGUUACACGCCGUAUUAAAAAAAAACCGUGUCUAUAUUAUCGUGCCGCCGCCGUAUAUUCGCGUCGCCGGAUCGGAUAACCGUACACUCACACAUCGCCGACCGUCAACAAUUUUUUAUUUAAAUCGGCUCAAGUUUUUAAGGAGCCAAAAUUACAUUUACGAAAUCUUAUAAGAUUAUUUGUCUACAUAGGUUUUUUUUUUUUUUUAGGUUUAAUUAAAAACAUAUAAUUUCUUAGUGUCACAAAUUACAAUUUUAUUUUAUUUAUAGGAAUUAGACAUAAAAGGUUAAAUUAUCUGGGCUCUUAGAUUAUUUAUAUUGAUUCAUAUUUUCUACCUUAGAUGUAAACAAAAUAAUUUUCUAGAAUUAUUUUAAGGUAAUAUUGACUAUGUUUUUUUUUGAAUAUCACUAUAAUCACAUCAAUCAUAUAUUAAUAAUUAUUUCUGGAAUUUCUGUUUGUCGAGUUAUUAAACAAAUUUUCUUUAGAAAAUUAGAAUGUAAGCCUUUAUAGUCAAAGGUCUUUACAGUUAGGUUAAUGUAUUAAUUAAAUUACUAAAAUAUAUUAAUAUUGUAAGCCCAAAUAAUCUUAUGACAACAUUACAUUGUAAUUCUCAUUGUAAAAAAUUUAAUAAAAUAAAAUAAAAAUAAGUAUAAUAAA